GGGCGCAGGUCCCGAUGAUUCUUUUCAGGAGUCGAAAUGGACUAUUUCUCAAAAUUAAACGGACAUUAUAGGUCUUGAACCACUGGAUUACUUAUCGGAUAUGUUUCCAACAUGUGCUUCGGUCUUGCUGCCCUGCGCGCACUCUGCAGCAUUUUACAGAUGAUUUCACAGGCGACGUAUUUUAUCAUCGGAAUAUCCUACUUCUUACUAGGUAUAUUUCGGAGGAAGAAAGGCUUGAGAUGUGUGUGCCUCCUCAGGGCAGCUGUGUGUCUGGCCCAUCCCGUCAGAAGUGAGGUUUGGAACUCUUUCUUAAUGUUGAGCUACCUGAGUGCCUUGCUGACCAGCGUUGAUGCUUCCCAGUUAUCUGAAAUUAGCGCAGUGAUCCCUAAGAAGCAUGAAAUUACAGCAUCGGAUGUCAUGCUCUACACCCCAGCUGUACGUUUGAUUAUGGAGGAAAAAGGCUGUGAGUGCUUCUUCAUGCAGUGCUACCUGCUGGAGCUAAAUGUCUACAUGAACGAAAACGAGUUCCCUGACAAGUCUAUAGACACAAUAGAAGAAAAUCUUGAUGCCAUAAAGGAAUGCCUUAAAAUGAAGUCCGAUAUCAGCAUAAUCUGCUCACCAUGUGAAGUUCAACCUGUUGCCAAUGUGUCCACGUUCUUAGAAAGCCUGAAAGACACUUUAGAUUACUUUGGAGAGCAGGCUAUUGACUGUAAUUGUAAUGGUCCUUCCUGAGGAUCUGCUGUGCUGCUGCUCAAACACACUGAUACAAAUGGUCUAUAUUGUGAACAAAAGCAAUGUAAGCUAAUAUCCGAUCCACAAAGUUGUAAAAUUCUAAUAUAAGUUGUUUUUAAGCUAUUAUGUAUGAAUCUUUUGUAUGUUUAAGAACCUUAUAGAAUAUGCCCCAUGUUUUUUUUACGACACAUUUUGAAUGUCAGGAAUAUAUAUGAUAGUGUAUGAUGCUUUUUUCUCUUACUAUCUUGCCUUUUCUGUUGUCUCCUUUAUAAUGUACCGUGUUACAAGGCAUGCGAGGUACUCACUUCACUCACUUGCCAAGGAUGCCUCUCACGAAAGUGUCUCAGAGAUGAAAGUGUGUUUUGUGAUGGGAUUGGGAUUGGGAUUGGGAUUGAGAUUGGUGGGGAUACUCUGCACUUAGACGCAGCACAGUAAGCUGCUGCUGAAGAAACCAAAGGAGUGAACAUAUGACAAUAGGAUUUCUUUAAACGUUCAGUGUAUUGACUUACUGCUAUAUUUGCACUCUCUAUAUUUAAUGUAGCAACAAUGACAAUGGCUUCGAGUACAUAAUGUGAAGAAUAUCAUUCUAUAACAGCAAACUACUGCCAAUUGCCUGCCACUAACGUUUGUAUAAUCAUGCCGCGCACACACACAUGCAUAAAUAUACAGAGGCGUAUUUACUGACCCACUACUUCUGAGGAACUCUGAACGCUGUGCUGGGGUUUUCCAGGAGCGCAGGCUUAAGGGGAGCUCAUUACUGAGCAUAUAGGAGAUGCAUGCUCCACCUGUACCAACUGAGAGCUGAUAAAGUUAAGUUCCCCUGGAAACAACUCUGCUCUGGAAUUACUCAGGCCACUCUGCCCCCUGGAAACAAAUCUUCUGGCUUUCAUUGUGAUCUAGCUCAUCAGAAGACACUGAGGUGGUGGAGAGGCCACAGGGUGGUGCUAGCAUGGACCAGAGAGGUCCUGAUUCCUGAUUCGCGGAGCAGCAGGGCUGUGUUUUGGGCAUAGCUGCCCUCACUUCCACCCUGAACUCUUCCGCCGCUCCCCUCUCCCUUUGCACGGCCUCCGGUCCGCAGGGGAUCCUGUCUGUCACAGAGUCCUGCGUCUGUCCGCCCGCCAGCGCUCACCCCACUGUUGGCAUGACUGCGCAUGUCCUCCGCAUCUUCGCGACUUAGAAUGUGCUGCGAAUGCAGGAAGUCCAAGUGCCUCUCAGCGACAGCUACUAACACAGAAAGCAUAUCAGAUGCUGCAGAGCCUCUCCCUGGACCUCCAACUAGAGAUGCACCGAUUGCAAGUUUUUGGCCGAUUCCGAUUUCCGAUUUUUCAUCGAGUUUGACCGGCCGAUACCGAUUUUAGCCGAUUCCGAUUUAAUUUCUUCUAACCACUUUACAGCACAAACAAAGAGUUAUUUUCUAGCCUAUAUAUUUUUUUAAUACAACAUGUUAGAAAUGUAAUCAACUUAUCAAUGGCUGGUAGAAAAAUGUGAAUAGACAGAUUCUUCUUCAAGUCUUCUUCAGCUGCAGUAAUCCAAGUGUGGGACAUUCAUUUCACACAUGUAGAAAUGCACUAGGAACACUAUUUCUUUUCUUCUCACAUCCAUAUGCAAUAUCCAACUGUAAAUAUCUUCAGAAUACUGAUAACUGAAGUUAGUGCUACAUAGGCUGAGAUGUUGGAAAAUGACAAAAAAAAUAAUAAUUUUGAGAAGCCUUGAAACACAGCAAAUUACAUUCUCAGUCCACACUCUUCUUUGAACUUUCGCGAUUGCUUGCGGAUACUAAGGAAGUGUCCAUAUUUGGAUGGCAUAACGUCAUGCAGGAGCUUUCCAACGACACCACGCAUGAUAUGUUUUGUAUCACGGUCGCGGUAGUUUAUGACACGUUAGAAUGCUAACUUUUGGCGAAUUUAGAAGAAAUAUACAGGCGUGAUCAGACAAAAGGUAAUGAAAUAAACCUCUAAAUGUGUAAAUCGGACUUAGUUGUUGUAGUAGUGUGAAAGAAUACAUGAUAAGUUGGCAAACCGAAGCAAAACUAUGUUUAUUCCUGCCGUGCUAUGUCGCUGCUUAUUGAUAGCGCUUGUGGUUCAGCUGUGGGCACGCAAUUAGCGGCAAGGACGGGCUUUGGAGCGCUGUAACCUGAAGUGACAGCUUAGUAUAGUAAAUUCCACGCAAUAUGGCAAAGCACAGCGUUCGCUGCAUAGAAAAACUCAGUAUUAGCGCUUUAUCUAGCCCUGACUGUUGGCCUAGCUUCAUCAAACUUUGCAAACUCAGCUGUGAGUGUGAUGUUGUUACAAGUACGUGCGAGUGCAUUUGACCGGCAUAAAAUCGGCAUGUCUCAGACUGACCGGCCGGUCGCCGGUCGUGGCCAAUCACGUGAAAAUCGGCCGAUUCCAAUCGGCGGCCGAUCGAUCGGUGCAUCUCUACCUCCAACUGCUCCUCUGUAUCCCACAACUCCUGCAGGUCCAUAGCUGCCACUUUAUUCACCGUUUUGUUUUGAUGAAUGAACAGUUAGCUCGGGCAGUUCUCUGUCUUCUCAAACACUACCGCUUUUAUUUCUCUGUGUCAGAGAGCCAAGGAUGUAGUCAAUUUCUCUUCAAAUAUGAAGAAAAUAGACAUUUCUUAGAUAUAAUAUAGAUAAUAAUAUAUGUCAUAUAUUAGAUAGUAUAUAUAUAAUAUAACAUAGAACUUUCUCUGUCAAAACUGGCAUCUCAAUUUGCUCUGUUUCUACUGUAUGUCUGAAUGUAAAAUGUGAAGUGUAUAAUCUUCAAAACCACCAUUGCCACUCCCUCUAUGUGAUGUACCUAUAAAACAUCUUGCUUCUCUUACCAGGAGCUUCUCUUUCUUUCUUUCUGUUCUGUUGGAUGAUCACAUGGACUCCUAGGCUGGGUGAACCCUGCCUGAUCCUCCGGGGAAUUGAAUUUCACCCGGCAGCUCAGGCUGGAAACCAGCACAUCUAUUUCCUCUGUUUACUGCCAGAACCUUUGGCUCCAAAAGAAACUAGCUUAUCCAAAGACACACCGGAUCGUUGGUCUGAUUGGUUAAAGGACUAUCCAAGCGUACAGAGUCAUUACAGAGAUGCCCAUUGAUCACCCCUCUUGUGCAGUAGAAACAAAGUGCAGCCUCCCCAGACUAAUGUUCAAUCUUAACAGAUUGAGCUUAGUAUGGUGAAAACCAGACUAAUGGACUCCUAUCUUGCCAAGUCAAUGAUGAUCUGACCAACUUCUUUUCUAUGGUGAAGUCCACCUCCCAUCUGUGUCAUGUGGUAUGAUGGGUGGAAAGACGGAAACAAAAAAAAGGGAAUGAAUGAAUUACUGUGAAGUAGAAAUGUCUUAGAGGACAGUUGUAAGAUUGAAACCAGUCUGUGUUGUUUUUGUACAAAUGUAAGGCAUGCGAAAAUAAAAGCCUUUCUAUGGUA